GUGACUAAUACGUAAUUACAAUGCGGCCGCCAUCAUUGCUAGUGGCAGUGCGUGAAGCUCGUGGAGAUAAAGGUUAGCAUUUUAGCGCAGUUGUGCUAAUCGGUAACACGCAGUCCGAGUGUACUUGGAGUUGUUCGGACAGCAGCGAUGGUACAAACUUGCUCUGCUUAUGGCUGUAAAAACCGUUAUCACAAAGACAAAGAAAUCUCCUUUCACAAGUUUCCACUGGCGCGUCCAGACAUCUGUAGUAAAUGGGUGGCGGCAAUGAGGAGAAACAAUUUCAAGCCAUCAAAGUACAGUAAUAUUUGCUCACAGCACUUCACCAAAGACUGCUUCAAGAGAGAAUGCAACAACCGCGUGCUGAAGGAGAAUGCCGUCCCUUCGCUCUUUGACUGGAAUCUCGACAUCAAGCUUAGAGAGGAGUGUCUGGAGGAUCCCUUCCCCUCUGAGAUUCACUUCCCCCUCUCCUUUCCUCUGACCUCUGACGAUGUGAUGGAGGAGGUGGGCUCUGAGCCUGUAAGGAGUGCACCUGACAAUCCUAGCGACACGGUGGUGGUCUCCUGUGACCAUAACUACACAGCAGAGGACUCUGCACGGCAGAAGAAGCGUAUCCAGCAGCUGGAAGAGCAGCUUGAGCUGCUAAGGAAGAAGCUGAAAACAACACAACAAAAGUGUCGGCGUCAGGAGAGGCAGCUCAAGAGCCUGAGGGUCUCCUGCAAGACCGUCAGGACAGCGUGCGACGCACAAACUCCUUUCAUUGAGGGUUAUGUCAUUUUGCCAAAACAUAUCUACCACUCGCUCAAAGGCAUCGAGUAAAAGGAUGAAACUGAGAAAUUGACUCAAAUAUGCUGUUGAUGUUUAACAGUAGAUGGAGCUGUUGCGCGUGGCAGUGAUGCUGCGCAGGCUGUGGAAUGAACAUCGAGCAUGAAUGGAGUGAGUCUUUGUCAUGACACGCUUCAGUUUUUGCAAACAUGUUCCUGAGCGAAUGUCACAUUUGUUCAUGUCACAGCGGCACUUCUCGGCAGCUGGCAGUUUUGCACAAAACACAACAGAAGUUGGGCCGUUUAAGUAACUUUAUGUUCAGUAAGGUUAACAAAUUCCAUUAAAAUACUGGGAUUUAAGGUCAUCUGGAAGAUGGGAUCGACUCUGAUUCUCAAAGUACAUUUAUUAUAUCAACAAACCACAACAAAAGUUUGAAAACUGACAAUAAAAUGUUUCCUCCAUAAAAGGGGUAUAGAUCCUCCAUCAGAGAUGGCAAUUUUCUGUGCAUAUGCGGAAUUCAUUUUUUUUCAGCUGAAAUUGACAUUUUUGUGAAAUGUGUAAAUCUGUUGAGAAAAUUUGGGUGGGGGUGUUAUGGCUUGACGCGGGGCGAGGCUGUGAAUAAGACUGGCUACCAGAAUCUAUCUACAAUGCUUGUCUUGAAAUGAGUCACAGCUGUGAUAGCGGAAAUCGGCAUUGCUAUCUGUGUGGAUUAAAUUUUUGUGUUCAUAAUAACAGCAUUUUGGCGCUAUUUCGUUGGUAUUUUCACUCAGAUGUUAGCAUUUCAUAGAGAAGCAUUCUGUUUACUAUGGCAUAGUUAUAACUUAUAGAUAUAUGUACGCACAUGUUAUCGAGCGAUCUGCCCGUUUGUCAGUGUGGCGAAAGUCUUGGAGCGCAAAGAUGAAGAUUGUGCCAGGUAAAUUGAUCAAAACCAUGGGGUAAAAAACAGUUUCAGAUGGGCAUGGCUUGAAAAAAAGUGUAACCAUGCAGAUAGGAACGAAAA